UUUCCAGACAUUGGGGGAGACAAGGACAUUACCGAAAUAAACAAGGACUUGGAAGAUGAUAUCCUUGUGCCAAAGGGCCUCCAAAGAAGUUCAGUCAACAGCCCAAGCAAACUCUGGUCCCUACCAGUGCCAUACAUUCUGGAUAGCAGCCUGGAGCUGAAUGCAAAAGGAGUCAUAAUGCAAGCAAUGGACCAGUUCAGACUAAAGUCGUGCAUUGACUUCAGUAUUUGGAAUGAUGAGAAGUAUUACAUCUCAGUUCAAAAGCUUGGCGGGUGUUAUUCAUAUGUUGGACGGACAUUUUUCAAUGGACAGGAUCUUUCCAUUGGAACAUACUGUGACUCCAAAGCUGUAGUUGAACAUGAGUUUCUCCAUGCUCUUGGCUUUUACCAUGAACAGUCCAGAUAUGACAGAGAUGAACAUGUCACAAUUCAAUUCCAAAACAUCAUAGAAGGGUAUGAAACUAACUUUGAAAAGCAGAGCGAAAAGUACACCACCAGUCAUGGAGUCCCUUAUGACUAUAUGUCGGUGAUGCACUAUGGACCUUUUGCAUUCAGCAAUGGGAACGGCUCUACAAUCACAACCAAAGACCCAGCGUUUCAGGACAUUAUUGGUCAGAGGUUGGAAAUGAGUUCUAGUGACGUGAAGGAGCUCAAUCUUCUCUACAAAUGCAAUUCCACCAUCGCCUUCAAAAUGCACUGCAGCUUCUCUGAUGGUUCCACGUGCCAAAUGAGUGGCUGUUCUCAAAGUAGUAAGGGAUGGGAGAAUGUUACAUCAGCUCCAGGAGGCCCUGCCACAGACCAUACCAAUCUAAUGGAUCACAGCAAAAUGGAGGAUAAGAUUCCAAGUAGCUUCAUGCAUGCCAGUACAGCCUUUGGUGUAGAGGGGGAGUCGGCGUGGCUGGAGACCAGUAGGAUGACCCCCAAUAGAUCAUGUCAUGUCCAAUGUCUGCAGUUUUACUACUUCCACAGUGGACAUGAGUCUGACCAACUCAACAUCUGGAUCAGAGAGUUUCAGGAUGAGAAUGACUUUACUGGCCAGAGCCGGAUGAUUGGACAGAUCACUGGUAAUAAAACCUCUUAUUGGAAGUACCACCAUGUUUCUAUCAGUGCCACAAAGUCCUUCCAGGUGGAGUUUGAAGUUCAAAAAGGAGCUGGGAGUUCCACAGGCGGCUUCUCAAUCGACGACAUCAACCUAUCAGAGCUGACGUGUCCUCAUGUAGCCAUCCAGGUUGAUGAUUUUGAGAAUGUUUUAAAGUCUAGUGAUUACAGCUCAUUGAUUUUUAGCAAAACCCAAUACACAGAAGAUGGUUAUGCAUUUAGAGUGGCAACCAUACUCUACAGAAGCUAUUUUGGGUUGCUGAUUCAACUAGUGGAAGGCAAAAAUGAUGACAAACUUCAGUGGCCACUCCUGAAUAGGCAGGUUACCUUUCAAAUGAUAGACCAAAAUCCCAACAUUCAACUCCAAAUGUCCAAGCAGAGAAGCAUGACCAGUGAUAUCAACCAGAACAUUACUGACGGUGUCAAUGUUUGGGACAAUCCACGAAAAGUUGGAAGCUCAACUGUAGACGAGAAUGGUCAGAAGAUCUAUGCAGGUCCACUGAUCGGCAGAACAUAUUUUGCAACUUUGGAAGACAUCAAAAUGAGAGGUUUCCUUAAGGGAGGGAGCGCAGUUUUUGCCUUCACCUUCCAAGACAUAACUCCUCUCAUCGAUGGAAGUUCUCUGCCAUGUUCUCCCCCACCAAAAGUGACUCAGCCACCAAAAACUGAAGAAAGGGAGCCAUGUUCAUCCAGAUUGAAAAGCACCCUUCCACCAACUACAACUUCAGCUACAACUACAACUACAACAGUAACGACAGCAUCACCUGAAACAACAACCGAGGAUAAAAGCAUUUUUGGAUUGGCCCCACGUUUUUGUGUCUUCAACCUUCCUGAUUAUCUUGUCAACUGUCUUACUUGUGCUACACUGAAAUGGAUUGUGGCCCAUCAUCUAGAUAAGCUUGACAAAUGCAAAGAGUUACACGAAUCCACCGAUUUCCGGUAUGAUGUAAUUUUGAGACACUCGUUUGGAGGAAUCCACAAACUCAGACAGAUCCACAAAUACAGACACGUAGUUGACCAGCAAGGGGCAGCAGCUGGCACACCAAACAUUUGA